AUGGCUUCACUACAAGUAAAUAAUGAUUCAAUAAUUAGGCGUAUUAGUGAUAAUUUUGCCGCACCUCGAAGUUAUGCAUCAGAAUAUCAAGCUCCAACAGCAUUUAUAAUACAACGUCGUUUAGUCGAGCAAUUGCGUAAAGAAGCAGCAAUUAAAAGACAAAAUGUAUCAACCGUGUGUAAAGAUUUAGUUCGAUUUAUCACAGAUCAUCAAUCUGGCGAUGCACUUGUGAGUGAAAAAAUGUCUAAAUCAGCCGAUGACUGGGGAUGGUUACGCGAUAAUGAUUCCAACACAUUACAACCGUACGAGGAUGUUCCAAUUAGUGCAGUAAGAAUAGAUUCUAAACCCGUUCAUCUUCAUCAGUUACGUAUUUAUCAGCCAUUCUUGGUGCAAAAAGAUAAUUAUAAAGUGCCUGUCAAAUCAUUUCGAUUAUGUGUUGUUGCCUAUGGAAUGAGUCGAUAUUCAAAAACCGUUAGAGUUCAAUCAGAUAAAAUAGCUUAUUUAGAUCAAGAAAUUCAACUAAUGAUAAGGAUCUACGAUAAACGUUAUGAUAAACGCCAUUCAAUACAUUUCAUUUUAUAUGGUUAUAUUGAUAAUGAAAAACGUUAUGCAUUUAUAGCUGAUCAAAUUGUUGAUAGCGUUAAACUUUCUUCAGCACGUCAUGUCAGCGAUGCUGUUUUGUUUGAAGGAACUAUUGAUAUUAUCCUAAUGUUUCAGAAUGAUAUACUUGUACCAAAAAUUGUAAAAGAUCAAACAUUAUACGAGCGAGUAUUUCCAGUUUAUCAGGGCAUAAAGCUAAUAGAUCCACCUGAGAUCGAAGAACCAUUAUUUUUACGUUUUAAAUUAGAUGAUCUAACGGCAAACUUAAAAGCAAAUCGACAUGAUUCGUCUCGAUUCAGUCGUGUAAUUGAAAAUUUAUCAAUAAGUGCAAAACUGUCUACUAUGUCCGCUAUAUACGAUUCAUUUCGAUCGCGAAAACAACGAUUAGAAGUAUUAUUUGAUUUUUUAACGGAAGGACCAUAUCUUCCUGAGCAAAAUAUUACAGAACCUACUGUUUUGCGUCUUGCACAAUUUGGAAUUGCUUGUUGGAAAAGAAGUUUAGCAGGUGAAAAACGUAGAAAAAGUAAUCUUGAAACGUCUGAAACAAUGUGUUGUGCAUGUUUUACAGGAAUUGCUUUACAUGGCAGUGUGUUAGAGAUGGAAGAAUAUCACGACAUAGAAACUGGUGUAUCGCGUCUUCAAAAUACGUCACCUGUUUUACGCCAAAUUAUUCAUAGACAAGAACGUUAUGCAUCAUUAGUAGGCGAUACUACUCAACUUAAUAUUAUACGUCAACUUGUUCGACGAGUAAUUAUAUUAUUCUCAAAACUAACACACAUUUCACAUAGUUUUGUCAGUACAAAAGUUUAA